UGCGAGAACGCAAUAGAUAGAGUGAAAGAGUGUAUAAUAUGUCAUGAGAAGGGGAAAGAAUUACGUAUUAUAAUUAUAGAGUGAGUGAGUGAAAGGGACUUGUAUCGGUCGUUUAAAGUGGAGGGGCAUGAUUGCGAUGAGUCGGGGUGCCUUCGUAUCGCUUGUAAACUCGUACUCCUCGUACUACAUGUAGUACGAAAAGAAGCUUCGUGCCGUGACGUCAGCACAGUAUUUCGGUACAGUUGCGUGAAACAUCGUUACGAAAUUGUGUUCGCAUACAAUUUAUUCUAAUCCAACGAAAGUGAACGUGUUCGAGUUCGGUUCAGGUGUGCUUGCGAUUGAAUAUUAGUGUAUAUCGUACAUAAUCGUAGGAUUCAUUUGAUCAUUGCAAGUGUAGCGCGUGCAGCAGGUAGUCGGAACAUCGACCGACAGCCAUCAUUGUUGUCAAGAUGGCGUCGAAAGGAAAGCUAGCAACCGAGCAUGGCCGCUCAGACUCGUACAGGGUCGCAACGUUACCAAAAAUUCGCGACGACAACAAAACGGCCGACGGGAUGUACAAGUCGCGGCGGAAGAAUCCAAAGCGGAGGACGGACAAUUUAGAGGACCUGAAACAGGAGUUGGACAUUGACUUCCACAAAAUUACACCCGAGGAACUGUAUCAAAGGUUUCAGACGCACCCCGAAAACGGCCUCAGCCACGCGAAGGCGAAAGAGAAUCUGGAGAGGGACGGGCCAAACUCGCUGACGCCACCGAAACAGACGCCCGAAUGGGUGAAAUUCUGUAAAAAUCUGUUCGGCGGUUUCGCGUUGCUGUUGUGGAUCGGCGCGAUCCUCUGCUUCAUCGCGUACUCGAUCCAAGCGUCGACGAGCGAGGAUCCGAACGACGACAAUCUGUACCUGGGCAUCGUGUUGGCGGCGGUCGUCAUAGUCACGGGUAUAUUCUCGUAUUACCAGGAGAGCAAGUCGAGCAAGAUCAUGGAAUCGUUCAAGAACAUGGUACCCCAAAUCGCGAUCGUGAUCAGGGAAGGCGAGAAAUUGACGUUGAAGGCGGAGGAGUUGGUGCUCGGCGACGUGGUCGAGGUAAAGUUCGGGGAUCGCAUACCGGCCGACAUCCGUAUCAUCGAGUCAAGGGGAUUCAAAGUGGACAACAGCUCGUUGACGGGCGAAUCCGAGCCCCAGUCGAGAUCCCCCGAGUUCACGAACGAGAACCCGUUGGAGACGAAGAACCUCGCCUUCUUCUCCACGAACGCCGUUGAGGGGACAGCGAAGGGAGUGGUGAUCUGCUGUGGCGAUCAGACAGUGAUGGGAAGGAUUGCCGGCCUGGCAUCCGGCCUUGAUACUGGUGAAACGCCGAUCGCUAAGGAGAUUCAUCAUUUCAUCCACCUGAUCACGGGGGUGGCCGUAUUCCUCGGUGUGACCUUCUUCAUCAUAGCCUUCAUACUCGGUUACCAUUGGCUCGACGCUGUCAUCUUCCUGAUCGGUAUCAUCGUCGCGAACGUGCCGGAGGGUUUGCUGGCCACGGUCACGGUGUGCCUCACGUUGACCGCGAAACGGAUGGCCUCGAAGAAUUGCCUGGUGAAGAAUCUCGAGGCGGUGGAGACGUUGGGCUCGACCUCGACCAUCUGCUCGGACAAGACGGGCACCCUCACCCAGAACCGUAUGACCGUUGCCCACAUGUGGUUCGACAAUCAGAUCAUCGAGGCGGACACGACCGAGGAUCAAUCCGGAUUGCAGUACGACCGCACGAGCCCGGGCUUCAAGGCGUUGGCAAAGAUCGCCACGCUGUGCAACCGCGCCGAGUUCAAAGCCGGCCAGGAGGACAAGCCGAUCCUGAAGAGGGAGGUGAACGGGGACGCGUCCGAGGCUGCCCUGUUGAAGUGCAUGGAGCUCGCCCUGGGCGACGUGAUGGGCAUAAGGAAACGCAAUAAGAAAGUGUGCGAGAUACCGUUCAACUCGACCAACAAGUACCAGGUCUCGAUCCACGAGUCGGACAACCCGGACGAUCCUAGACACCUGCUCGUGAUGAAGGGAGCGCCGGAGAGGAUCCUGGAUCGUUGCUCGACCAUAUUCAUCGGCGGGAAGGAGAAGGUGCUCGACGAGGAGAUGAAGGAGGCGUUCAACAACGCCUACCUCGAGCUCGGCGGCCUUGGUGAACGCGUGCUCGGCUUCUGCGACUACAUACUGCCGUCCGACAAAUUCCCGAUCGGCUUCAAGUUCAACUGCGACGACCCGAACUUCCCUGUAGACGGACUCCGCUUUGUGGGCCUCAUGUCUAUGAUCGACCCGCCCAGGGCUGCGGUGCCCGACGCGGUCGCCAAGUGCCGUUCAGCCGGCAUCAAGGUCAUCAUGGUAACCGGUGACCACCCGAUCACUGCCAAAGCCAUUGCCAAAUCUGUCGGCAUCAUCUCCGAAGGUAACGAGACCGUCGAGGACAUUGCUCAACGGUUGAAUAUCCCCGUAUCCGAAGUCAAUCCUCGCGAGGCCAAAGCCGCCGUCAUCCACGGAACCGAACUCAGGGAACUGAACUCCGACCAACUGGACGAGAUCCUCAGGUACCACACCGAAAUUGUGUUCGCCCGUACCUCGCCUCAGCAGAAGCUCAUCAUCGUCGAAGGCUGCCAGCGAAUGGGCGCUAUCGUCGCUGUGACCGGCGACGGCGUGAACGACUCCCCCGCGUUGAAGAAGGCAGACAUAGGCGUGGCGAUGGGUAUCGCUGGCUCCGACGUGUCGAAGCAGGCGGCCGACAUGAUCCUUCUGGACGACAACUUCGCCUCGAUCGUGACCGGUGUCGAGGAGGGCCGGUUGAUCUUCGACAACCUGAAGAAAUCCAUCGCGUACACCCUCACCUCGAACAUACCCGAGAUCUCACCCUUCCUGGCGUUCAUCCUUUGCGACAUCCCCCUGCCCCUCGGCACCGUCACCAUUCUCUGCAUCGAUCUGGGAACGGACAUGGUGCCAGCCAUCUCACUUGCCUACGAGGAGGCAGAGAGCGAUAUUAUGAAGCGACAUCCACGAAACCCCUUCACUGACAAGCUAGUUAACGAAAGUGGUGGAUGGCAGGUGCCGGCCAUCUCGCUAGCUUACGAGGCACCGGAGUCGGACAUUAUGAAACGGCAGCCCCGCGAUCCUUACAGAGACAAUCUUGUCAACCGAAGGCUUAUUUCGAUGGCGUAUGGUCAGAUCGGUAUGAUCCAGGCGGCCGCCGGUUUCUUCGUCUACUUCGUGAUCAUGGCCGAGAACGGGUUCCUGCCGCUGCACCUUUUCGGUAUUCGAAAACAAUGGGACUCGAAGGCGAUCAACGAUCUUCGCGACAGCUAUGGCCAGGAAUGGACGUACAGGGAUCGUAAAACGCUCGAAUUUACCUGCCACACAGCCUUCUUCGUUUCGAUCGUAAUCGUUCAAUGGGCCGAUUUGAUCGUGUGCAAGACGCGGCGCAAUUCCAUCAUCCACCAAGGAAUGAGAAACUGGGCCCUCAACUUCGGUUUAAUAUUCGAGACCGCCCUAGCCGCGUUCCUAAGCUACACGCCCGGCAUGGACAAGGGUCUCCGCAUGUUCCCUCUCAAAUUCGUCUGGUGGUUACCCGCCCUCCCCUUCAUGUUCGCCAUCUUCAUCUACGACGAGACGAGACGAUUCUACCUCCGCCGGAAUCCAGGAGGCUGGCUCGAGCAAGAAACUUACUAUUAGACGCGAAAAGGGAAAUUUAAUCAUACACGCAGAGCGCGCGCGCAAGAGAGUUACAAGAGCGAGAGAUGCAGAGAGAAUGAUGAGAGAGAGAAAGGGAGAGAGAGAGUGAAAUAUUGCAUAUUACCCACGCAGAUAUACACCGAGAAACUAAAAGAAAAAAAAAAGGAAAAAAAAAUGAGAUAAAACGUAAAAAAGAAAAAAAAAAAGAUACAACCAAACAAUGGAUAAAAAGAAAACAAUGGUUAAAAAAUCGUUCACGUUAUACACAAAGUACCACAAAGAAAUACAUAUAUAUAUACACAUACACACACACACACACACACACACACACAUAUUUUAUCAUGGGGCGUGCUAUUCGGGUUUAAUUAAACCGUUAACUGUCGCGAAAUAUAACGAGAUAUAUUCAGAUGGGGACAAUUCGCAUCAGCCGAGCCGAAUCGUCGAACGAUCAUCGCCAUAAUACAAUUACAGUAAUAGAGUGUCUUGCAGUCUUGUUUCACGAAGAUAUUAAAAAAAAGAAAAAAAAAAAAAUGAUAAAAAAAAAAAUAAAUAAACAAAUGCUUCGCGUGGGAGUAGAAAAAAAGUGGCUUUUACGAGCACUCUCGUUACACGUGGUGUGUGAAGUACAAAAAAAGAAAAACAUAAAAAUAUAAAAUGAAGAAAAAAAAUAAAUAAAUAAAUAAACAAAAUAGGAGAGGAGAGACGAGAAAAUGCGUAUGAGAGAGAAGAAAAAAAAACGUUCGUCGUUCUGGCUCUGCGAGUUGCUUGCACGCGCGUGCCGGUGUAUCAUUAAAACAGAGAUUGUCGUUCGAGAAACAUCGAAGGGAUCGACGAAGAGAGAAAAAGAAAAAAAAAGAAAAAAGGGUUCUACGAGCAACGUCGUCGGGAAGACUUGGAGCUUCCGGGUACACACACGUUUGAUAACGAUUCACGAGGGUUGUAGGGGUUGGUGCUGCCAUUAUGGAUUAUAUUGGCGAUCGAACGAACGAGAGAAAAAAGAAAGAAAAAAAAAGAAAGGAUGUCUGUAGUAGGGCCUAAGCACGAGUAUCGAAAGAGGAGAAAAAUGAAAUAUAGGACGGUGUAUCAUCAUCAUCAUCGAGGAGAUGAGAAUAACAGGUGAGAGGAAGGUACGAGUAUUGGCAGAGGACACCCGUGUAUCUUUUUUUUUGGAAAAGGGAGGGCGACAAAUCGUCGGAUAACGCGCACGUCCGUAUGAACGUCGACGGGUGUACGACAUGGAUGAACCUUUUAGAGAAAAAGAAGAAAAAAAAAAAAGAAAAAAAAGCGGACAAUUAGCAUCGUGGAGCAUUCCGUAGACGUCUUGUGAUAUCAGAAAAAAAAAAAAAAUAAAUAAAUAAAUAAAUAAAUAUUCAUAUAGGCAUCCCGUUUAAGUAAAGGAGCAAAAAAAAGAUCACUGCGCUAGAUUGGCACGCCCUUGUUAAGAGUUUAAAAAGAAAAAAAAAUUAAAAAAUGCAAUGUAGUCACGGUAUAAAAAAAAAAUAAUAAUAAUAAAUAAAUAAAUAAAUAAAUAAAUAAGAGCGGUAUUAUAAAUGUUACACUGAUGCAGAAGUUUAAAAAUCAAUAACAGAGAAGUAUCAUUCGCAAUCGACAUACAUGAAAGAAACGUAUUUACAUAUAGACGUCUCGUGACACCUACAUUCUUAAAUAGAAAAACUUCUUAAUUGUUAAUUAAAAGAAAAAAAAAUAAAAUAAAAUGAGAAAAUCAGUACGACGCUAGAUUGGCACGCCACUAGAAGUUAUUCAUAUAACGCGCCAAAGAGGAUAGGAGAGCAAAAAAAUAAAUAAAUAAAUAAAUAAAGAGAAGAACAGCAGGGAGGAAAAUAAGUAUACAAAAGUAAUGAAAAACGCGUUCACUUACUCAUUAUUAUUCUUAUUAUUACGAGUAAUGUCAUUCGGUUCGAAUCUUUCUAAAAAAUCAAAUCUGAGUAGCUAAUCGAGAUGAGAGAAAUCGUAUAAAUAUUUUAGUAGUUCGUGAAUCUCUAUGCGAGAAUCGUUACGCGGAAGAAAGAACAAACCAAGAAGGAACUGUAAAGAAAAGGAUGAACUCGAAAAAAAUUAUUAUUAGAUGAGGCGAACACGGGGAAUUAAAGGCAGAAACGGACAGUAUGAUAUAAGUACCUAUCAAUUGAAUCACUACCAAGAAAGAAUAAUACAAAGGGAACUAGAUAAACGAGAAGAGGAAAGAGAAAUAGUAAGAAUAAAGAAGAUAUAUAUAUAUAUGUUAUUUAAAUUGCGCGCCACAAAAUGGUAAAGCGGCGGUCACAGUUUUGAAAUUAGAUGAACUGCGUGCCACAAUAUUAUUGACAAAACUUGAACAAAUGAAUUAUGAAGUUAUUGAUUGAAAAAAAGAAAAGAAAAAAAAAAAACGGGAAAUAAACAUAGACAUUAUUAAGAGCGAGAAUUUAAAAUAGCUACGCCGCUCCGGGGCCUUGUAGUUUCCUGGGUGAAGGCGCUACGAUAGUCGAGAUAACAGGAUAUUAAAAAAAAAAAAAAAAAUGCUAGUAGAGGAACGCGACAUAGGAGAAGCACGGAAAGAGUGAAAAAUGAGAAAUAAGACGGACGAAUGAAAAAAAAAAAAAGGAAAAAAAAACAUUCUUACUUAGGCGAAACUAAAAGUAAAGGGAAAAGAAAAAAAAAAAAAGAUAUAAAUUCAUUCUCUUAGUUUCUUCAUAGGUUUAAAAGAAAAACGCCAGCGGGACAGCUCGCUAUAAAUCAUAUUGACCCCCGAACGCAGGACGCCCUGUACCACCAACCCGUGGUCUGUCGUGUGUAUGUGUGUGACAAGUAUCGAAACAACGCCCUUUGGAAUUUUUUUUUUUUUUAGGAGCAACAACAACAAACCACCAACAACAACGCAAAAAAAAAAAAGGAAAAAAAAAUGUAAAACAAAAAAACGAUAAACGAAGGUGACUUAAAAUACCUGCCACGCGACUUUUCGGGCCGGGACGAUCCGAGACGUGCGAUCAUGUCAGGGCUUGUUUCGAGUUUCUUAAAUGUGAGAAGAAAAACAAACGCAUACAAAAAAAAAAAGAAAAAAGAAAAUAUCCGUUUUCGUUUCUCUUUGCUUACGUCGAUCAAUUUUCAAUUUUCCUUGUUGCUCGCUUUCGCGAUUUUUUCAUGUGUGUACAUGCGCUGGCAACGUCGGUGAAGAGGGCGCUUCGUUUCAAGCGGAAAAACCGGGGCGGAGCGUAGGUAAUGACAAACUGAAAGUUGUCAAAGUUUAUCAUCAUCGCCAUGGUUCCGACGAUAUUGGAAAUCAACGAACAGCCUCGAUGGGUACCUGCACGUUCUCUGGUUCCACUGCACUUUCCGCACGACGAAUCAAGACGAAUGGACCGGUCGAGGAUUCAGGUAGACAAAAGGGUGAACGCUCACUCGGCGGCCCUGGCCCCAAAACUACCCUAAGUGUUCAAUAAUCGAGGUGUUCUCGAGGUGCCGUACACGCGUAACACGUUCUUCACGUUCUUCGCCAAUUCCAUUGAAUUUCGAUUUAUUCAUUUCGAGAAUGUAAGAAAAAAAAUUAUAUUCAAAGGGUCGUCGUCGUCGUUUUCCUCCAGCCCUUCCGAUGAUUUUUCUCUGUUGUGCGCGCGAAAGGCUGGUCGAAUCCACGCUUGGAGGACCCUGUUUAUAAACAUAAAUAACGUUGAAAAUAUGAAUUCGAUCGAGAAAUUCGAUGGAACAGGUGAAACUUUAUCGUUUUUGAGACACAUGGAUCGUCAAUUCGAAUCCAAUCGACAACUUUUUAAAAGGAAAAAAAAGAAAGAAAAAGUGAGGGAGAGAAACGGAAAGAGGGCAGCAGUGUACCGUUGCGUUGCUCGUCGAACUCGGACUUGAAUUAGACCCCCAAAAUAAACAAAUUAAACAAAAUGGUAAUAUUUAAAAAAAAAAAAAAAGAACGUCCCUAAUUUUCUUCUUCCAGGAAGCGGAAGAGGAAGACAAAUCAGUUGAGAGAAAAAAAAAAAAAAUCAAUCAUCAGUGCUAGCUGUGUUGGAAAACAAAGAGCUGUUCAAUAUUAACGCCAGUUAAUUAAUUACGUUGUCAUAAUUGUUUCUUGGUUUCGCGUUGCGGGAUAGUGUAUACCGAUAGCUCCGUGUGUGUGUUAUUAGAAAAAUCGAUCAUUCCUGUCACAACGAAAUCGAACCAAAAUGGAGAAAAAAAAAAAAA